AUGGCCGAGCAUAACGCAGCAACCCUGAACGGCCGCCAGAGCUGCCCCAACAUCCACGUCUUCGGCGCUCGCGAGACCACCGCUGCUGCCGGCUACGGUUCUUCUAGCACCUUCGUCAACGCAAUCCUCAAAGCUUACCCAGGCUCAACAUCCGAAGCUAUCAACUACCCAGCCGCAGGCGGUGAUAGCUAUGCCUCUUCUGUCCAACAAGGAACACAGAACAUCGCGAACCAGAUCAAUGCUUUCAAUAAGCAAUGCCCAAGUGCGAAGCUGGUUGUUGUUGGGUACUCACAGGGCGCUCAAAUCGGAGACAAUGCACUCUGCGGUGGCGGUGAUCCCAAUCAAGGCGUCACCUAUACCAAUUCUUUGAUCUCGAGUUCAGCAGCCAGUGCGAUCAAGGCGGUGAUCUGGGCUGGUAAUCCACGUAACUCACCCGCAGAGUCGUCAUUCCAUGUUGGAACUUGUACUGCUGGUGGUUUCGAUCCUCGACCGAGUGGGUUCACAUGCCCGUCUUAUCAGUCGAAGAUUCGGUCUUACUGUGAUGCGCUUGAUCCAUACUGCUGCAAUGGCAACAACGCAACCACGCAUCAGGGGUACGGCAAUGAGUAUGGCUCGAAUGCCUUGGCUUUUGUGAAGAGCAAGCUUGGCUAA